AUGGCCGUCUCGACGCCGACGCCCGACGACAUCGCGGAGCUGCUGCUCUCGUGCCGCUAUGGCGACACCGAGGACAUCCAGCAUUUCAUCACUCGCUUCGGGCCCGCGCCGCUCAACGACGCGCGCGACGACAACCGCAACACCGUGCUGCACAUGGUCUGCGCCAACGGGCACACAGACGCCCUAGACCUGCUCCUCCCGCUUGUCGCCCCGCCGCUCCUCGCCGCGCAGAACGCCGCGCAGUCGACCGCGCUCCACUGGGCGGCGCUGAACCGCCAUCUCGCCGUCGCGCAGCGCCUCGUGCGGCACCCCGGCGGCCCCGGCAUUGACCUCAUCGACCUCAAGAACGGGGCGGGGCGGUCGCCGCUCGGGGAGGCGGAGAAUGCGGGCUGGGAGGAGGGCGCGAAGUGGUUCGUGGAGGUGAUGCACCUGGACGAGGGCGCGAAGGAGGACGAGCUGCAUCCCGCCGAGGGGCCCGAGAGCAUCGAGGUGGAGAUCCAGGACGCUGAGGGCCAGGUCGCGAAGAUGACUAUUGGGCAGCCGACCCCAGACGUGAUGCCCCCGAGCAGUGUGACCACAUAG